AUGGACAAUCCAGACGGAGUGACCAACAGCGAUGCUUCGGAUGCCUACGACUACUACCUUUCGAUUGGAGACAGAGAAUUGCAGAGCGGAUUCCGAUGUCUGGACGAUCCUUCCAACUUGGCGGAGUGUAUGAGCGCUGUCCAAAGCACUACGACCGACAACUUUGUCGUCGAUUUCAGUGAUGAUACAGCUUGGGGCGCAUUUGAUCUUCCCACCAGAUCCAUUUCCGCUCUGCUCGAUGAGGAUAGACCAGAGACAAUCAGUACACGAUGGGUGAACAUCUGGUAUCCAUACCAACACCGCUCUUUGCUCGAACUCCUCGCGAAGCGUUAUGACUUCUCCCCCCGUCUGCUGGCACUGAUGUGCUCGGAUCCCAGAUUGCGACGAUCUACCCCGUCGAGAACGUCUCUUCACAAGCCGUCAAGGAAGAGAUUCUGGGAGCGAGCGUCUGUCUCCAUCGCGGACACCGAAGCAGACACAGAGCUGAGCGACGAAAUCUCGGAACACUGGUCAAUCUCCAGCGGCGAUUCUGUGGCGCGUUCAAAUCUAUACAGCAUCGCAGAUAACAUCUGGCACUAUUCAAGCGUAGACUUUGGCCGGCAGUACGUCUGCAUUGGGUACAAUAGUCUCUAUGGGACCAAGCAAGGUUCUCAUGCCGGCGGCGAAGAUACCAUCAAGACUGUGCUCCCACACUGCACUCGCGUUUGGACCUGGCUUGUUCUCUGCGAAGACAAUACCGUGAUAUCGAUCAACGAGGACCCGUUCCCCUUCACCAGCAGCCACCACUUCUCGGCCUUGCAAUGCCGCAUCCUCUCUGAGAUCCGCCGGAAUCUGGUCAACGUCUUCCGCUCCCUCUCCUCUGUGCACGACACCCCGCUCCUCUCCCGAAACCCCAUGACCAUCCUCCCCAUUCGCACCCGCUUAGGCAACACCCCCGAGGAAACCGCCCACCGCUCCUCCGACGCUCCAGGCCUCCUCUUCUACUACCUUUUCGAAAACUGGCACAACAGCUACACGCUCGUCACGCGCAAGGAAUCCCGCUACGGUGUCGAACUCACCAAUCUUCGCGAGGACAUGUUUUCCCUUCCGAAACUCGUGCACAUCGACCGCCUCGAUUCUCUGGGGAAAGAAUUGGGUGUCUUGAAAAGACACUAUGAAAGUCACGAUCGGAUUAUAGACCGGUUGUUGGAGCCGCAACAUGCUUCCGCGGCGAGUCUCCAGAAUUCCCAGGUGGGGGUGGGCAGUUCUGCGAGUCAGGUUUCGGUUGAUACGGUGAGGCCGGCAGUUCUCGUCACGGAGAGUCAGAGUCUGAUGGGGGUUUCGCUCUCCUCUGCGGCGCGCGUGCGUUUUCGAAGGCUGAAAGAUAUGAUUGAUCUGUACGCGUUGCAAGAAGUGGAAGAGUAUAUCAAACAAAAGGAAGCUCUGGUCGCGAUGGUGAGUGAAGCCCAUCUUCCCCCCUUCUCCUCCAAAAAGGAAAAAGAAAAAGAAAAAGAAAAAGAAAAAGAAAACCAUUCUUCAUGUCCAAGAAAAGCUAAUAUCUAUGUGAUGUGAUCGUGCAGAACUUCAGCUUGAUCGCCAUCAAGCAAUCCCUCGACGUCGACAAGCUCACCCGCAUCACGCUGCUCCUGACGAAAGCCACGUUCCUCUUCCUCCCCACUUCGCUGAUGACGAGUUACUUCUCCACGCAACUCAUCGGGGUCGCGUAUUCGGUGCAGACAUACUGGAUCACCUUCGCGGUCAUGUUGGCUCUGAGCUGGAUGGGAUUGUUCAUGUUCGGGGUUUCGAGUGGGAAUGUGCAGACGAUGGAAGUCAUGAGGGGGAUCGGGCGGGGAGUGAGGACGUUGUUCAAGAAAGCGGUGGGAAAGGGGUGA